GUCACACAGAGCCUGCUUGCAUUUGCUGCUCAGGGGCUGAUUUGCAGCUCGGCCCUUGGAUUCACCAGCUCCUUUUCCGAGAGCCCUCCUUCCUCUAGCAGCUGCUGCUGGGGGCUGAUGGUGGUGGAAGGGGAUUUUUUUUAAUGCCAGAUGCACCAGGAUUAGCACCAGGAGAUCACCCACUUUGGAAUUAGCAAAGGAGGAGGAAGCAUUGUGGCAGCAAGAGAGACAGAGAGAAAGGCAGGCAAAAGCAUAUCACCCUUGGAAACUGUUGCAACCCAGAAGACCAGGAAAUUGCUCUGCAAAAAGAGACCAGGUGGCUGGUUAUGCAGCAUGCCUUUGUUCUUAACUGCUGAACUGAGCAUUUAAUAGACACUCGCUUCAGUGUUUAUCUUUCAAGAGAUGUCUGCAACUAGAGGCAAUGGAGAACACUGGAAAUCCUUGGAGUCUGUGGGGAUCAGCCGGAAGGAGCUGGCUCUUGCGGAAGCCCUGCAGAUGGAAUAUGAUGCCCUGUCCCGCCUGAGGCAGGACAAGGAGGAGAGCCAGGCAAAGCAAAAUUCUGACCAACCUCUUAUUUCCUGGGAUGAUCCAGUUCUGGAUUACAACAAACCUGUUGUAAGGAAUGAGUGCCACAAUAUCAAGGCCAUGCGAGGCCUUUCUGGUUCUGACCCCACCCUUAAUUACAAUGCCCUCUCUGGCCAAGAGGUUUCAAGAGAUUUUGGGACCAACAACACUACCUCAUCCACUCUGCUGCCUGAGCCAGAGAGCCAGCCUUGGCUGAAGGGACCUCUCUCCAGUGACUACUUGUAUAUCUUUGAAAGCACAGGGCAUGAUGUCCUCAGUGAGCCCCUCAAUAGUACAUCCUGCCAGAAUAGCAGUGGCAGCAGCUCCCCUAAGAAGCUUUCUCCACCCCCAUUGCCCCCUCGCAUUGCCAUCUGGAACACCUCAGAAGUGAACCAAGCUGCCCUCAAAGGGCCCCAACCCAAUGAUAUCAACAUGUUCUCUUCAUCCCAGGAGAGGCCUGAUGGGAAAUGGUUAGGGCGGAGAAUCUCAGAGGAAGACCCAUAUAGAACAGUAGACUAUGAUGGCAUCAAUGAUGCUAUUACCCGACUCAAUCUCAAGUCCACUUAUGACACUGAACUUUUGAGGGAAACCACAUGGAGCUGGAAGGAAGGGAGAAGUAUUUUUGAGAAAGAAAGUAGUGGGAAGCCAGUUGCUCGCAGCAAGACUAUGCCUCCUCAAGUCCCUCCCAGGACUUAUGUCACCAGAUCCAGUGGGCGAAAGAAUGCUGCACUCAACAAGAACUGGAGGAUAUCAGCAGAUCCGGCUACCUCUUGCCAUCAUGCAGUGGCCAAUGGCUAUGAGCUGUUUGAAGUUUCUGAAGAGAAGGAUGAAGAGGUUGCUGCUUUCUGCCAUAUGCUGAAUGUACUGAGAUCUGGUUACAGUACCAAAGACUAUUCCCUUACAGGUUAUGUAUGGAGCGCUGUCAACCUUAGCCCUGAACACCUUGGGCAUGGAAUCAGCUUGAAAGUGACAGUGGUUUAUGACAGCCUGCAGGAACCUCUCACCUUCACUUGUGACUGUUCUUCCACGGUGGAUUUGCUCAUCUACCAGACAUUGUGCUACACUCAUGAUGAAUUGCGUGACAUUGAUGUGGAUGACUUUGUACUCAAACUUUGUGGCCUGGAGGAAUUCCUGCAAAACAAGCACCCACUGGGAAGUCACGAAUAUAUUCAGCAUUGUAGGAAAUUUGACAUUGACAUUCGGCUGCAACUGAUGAAGAGGAAGGCUGUGCGCAGUGACUUGGCAAGGACGAUGAAUGAUGACCAGAGUCCUUCCACCCUCAACCACUAUGUUCACCUCCAGGAGAGGCCAAUCAAGCAGACCAUCACCAGGCAGGCCCUGAGUCUUCUCUUUGAUACUUUCCACAAUGAAGUUGAUACAUUCCUAGCUGCUGAGGGAGACUUCCAGCUGAAGGCAGAGCGAGUGGUCCAAUCUGUCAUGGCCAUUUGCAAUGCUUUGGCUGCUGUGGAGUCCCAGGAGAUCACAGGAGCCCUGAACCAACUACCACCCUGUCCAUCUCGCAUGCAGCCCAAAAUCCAGAAGGAUCCAAAUGUUUUGGCCAUGAGGGAAAACAGAGAGAAAGUUGUGGAGGCUUUGACAGCCUCAAUCUUGGAUCUAGUGGAGCUCUACUGCAACACAUUCAAUGCAGACUUCCAGACUGUGGUACAUGGGAACAGGAAGCACUAUCUUUCCCAAGAAGCCCGACUCCUCUCCUGCCCCCUCUCCUUCACAGUCUAUGCCACACAUCGCAUACCUAUCACUUGGGCAGCAAGUUAUGAAGAUUUCUAUCUUUCAUGCUCACUCAGUCAUGGUGGCAAAGAGCUCUGCAGCCCCCUGCAAACCCGAAAAGCGCAUGUGUACAAGUACCUUUUCCAUCUCAUCAUCUGGGACCAACAGAUCUGCUUCCCAAUUCAAGUGAACUGCCUACCACGAGAAACUCUCCUGACAGCCACACUCUAUGCCAUCCCAGUCCCACCUCCAGGGAGCUCUUCAGAGACAAACAAGCAGCGCCGGGUCCCAGAGGCUUUGGGCUGGGUCACCACUCCACUUUUCAACUUUCGGCAGGUCCUGACCUGUGGACGGAAACUCCUAGGUUUGUGGCCAGCAACUCAAGGCCCCUCUAGCGCAAGAUCAAGUGCUCCCAACAUCAACCAGCCUGACAGUGUUAUUCUGCAGAUUGAUUUCCCUAGCUCAGCAUUUGAAGUCAAGUUUACCAGCCCACCACCAGCAAAGUUCAGUCCCAAGUACAAUUUCAACUGUCUCUUCGAGGGAGACCAGAAGAAGCUGAAGGAGGUGAUGCAGAAGGAAUCACUCUAUUGGCUAACAGAUGCUGAUCGGAAGCAGCUAUGGGAAAAGCGUUACUACUGUCAUUCCGAGCCAGGCUCAUUACCUCUGCUGCUUGCUAGUGCCCCAAGCUGGGAGUGGACCUGUUUGCCUGACAUCUAUGCCCUGCUGAAACAAUGGACGCACAUGAAUCACCAGGAUGCCCUUGGGCUCCUCCACGCAGCGUUCCCAGAUCAGGAAGUAAGGAGAACAGCAGUGCAAUGGAUUGAUUCCAUAUCUGAUGCUGAGCUACUGGAUUAUCUGCCCCAACUGGUACAGGCUCUCAAAUACGAAUGCUACCUGGACAGUCCCCUGGUGCGGUUUCUUAUGAAGCGAGCAAUCUGUGACCUGAGGAUCACUCACUACUUUUUCUGGUUGCUGAAAGAUGGUCUCAAGGAUUCUCAGUUCAGUAUCCGUUACCAGUACCUGCUAGCAGCUCUAUUGUGUUGCUGUGGGAAGGGCCUACGAGAGGAGUUUGACCGUCAGUGCUGGCUUGUUAACACCCUGGCAAAACUGGCGCAGCAGGUUCGUGAAGCUGCUCCAUCAUCCCGACAGGCCAUCCUUCGUGAGGGGCUGGAGGAUGUAAAGCAAUUCUUCAAUGUAAAUGGCUCCUGUCGGCUACCGCUUAGUCCUAGCCUGCUGGUGAAGGGGAUUGUGCCCAGGGAUUGCUCCUAUUUCAACUCCAAUGCUGUCCCUCUGAAGCUCUCCUUCCAGAAUGUUGACCCUCUUGGAGAAAAUAUUCGUGUUAUUUUUAAGUGUGGAGAUGAUCUCCGGCAGGACAUGCUAACCUUGCAGAUGAUUCGCAUAAUGAACAAGAUUUGGGUGCAAGAAGGUUUGGACAUGCGCAUGGUCAUAUUCCGUUGUUUUUCUACAGGUCGUGGUCGGGGAAUGGUCGAAAUGAUCCCUAAUGCAGAAACCCUGCGAAAGAUACAGGUGGAGCAUGGUGUGACAGGCUCCUUUAAGGAUCGUCCCCUUGCUGACUGGCUGCAGAAAUACAACCCUAAGGAGAAUGAAUAUGAAAAGGCAGUAGAGAACUUUAUCUACUCCUGUGCAGGCUGCUGUGUAGCCACUUAUGUACUAGGAAUCUGUGACCGGCACAAUGACAAUAUUAUGCUCAAGACCACUGGACACAUGUUCCACAUUGACUUUGGCAGAUUUUUGGGCCAUGCCCAGAUGUUUGGCAACAUCAAGAGGGAUCGAGCCCCGUUUGUCUUCACAUCAGACAUGGCUUAUGUCAUCAAUGGUGGGGAUAAGCCCUCCAGUCGCUUCCAUGAUUUUGUUGAUCUCUGUUGCCAGGCUUACAACCUGAUCCGCAAGCAUACUCACCUCUUCAUCAAUCUUCUGGGCCUGAUGCUGUCCUGUGGGAUCCCUGAGCUCUCUGACCUUGAGGACCUAAAGUAUGUCUAUGAUGCUCUGAGACCACAAGACUCUGAGGCAGAUGCCACCACCUAUUUCACCAGAUUGAUAGAGUCCAGCCUGGGCAGCGUAGCCACAAAACUCAAUUUCUUCAUUCACAAUCUGGCACAGAUGAAAUUCACAGCCUCAGACACCCGGCCAACACUUUCAUUUGCCCCUCGUGUGCAUACUAUCAAGACAUCUAGCCGGAUCCUUGAUGUCUUCCUCUGCCGCCAUGAAAAGAUCUUCAAUCCCAGCAAGGGCUAUAUAUACAUUGUGAAGGUGAAACGAGAGAAUCCCUCUGAGGCCUCUUAUAUCCAGCGCACCUUUGAGGAGUUCCAAGAGCUGCACAACAAGAUGCGACUGAUUUUCCCCUCCUCACAUCUUCCCAGCUUUCCUAGCAGGUUUGUAAUUGGACGCUCACGAGGAGAGGCAGUGGCUGAGAAGAGGAAAGAGGAGCUGAAUGGUUACAUUUGGCAUCUGAUCCGUGCAGCCCCUGAGGUGGCUGAGUGUGACCUGGUGUAUACAUUUUUCCACCCACUUCCAAGGGAUGAAGUUGCUUCAGGCACCAGUCCAGUUCCAAAGCCUGCAGAUGCAGCAUGGUCUCAGCCUGUUGGAAAAGUGGGUGGGGAGGUGAAACUUUCAGUCUCCUACAAGAACAACAAACUCUUUAUCAUGGUGAUGCACAUCCGAGGUCUGCAGCCUAUUCAGGAUGGCAGUGACCCUGACCCUUAUGUUAAGAUUUACCUUCUGCCUGACCCCCAGAAAACUACCAAGAGGAAAACCAAAGUUGCUCGAAAAACUUGCAACCCAACCUACAAUGAAAUGCUUGUCUAUGAUGGCAUUCCUAAAGGAGAUCUCCACCAGCGGGAGCUGCAUCUCAGCGUUCUGAGUGAAGAGGGCUUUUGGGAAAAUAUCCUCCUUGGGGAGGUCAUUAUUAGACUACGGGACCUGGAUCUGACACAGGAAAAGAUGGGCUGGUUUGAAUUGGGCUCUAGGAGUCACGGGACCAUGUGAAGAGCAACAAGGCAGCCGUAAUAUCUUUGGAACCACUUUGGCUCUUUGUGAGCCCCUGGGAAUCGGUGCAUGUUCCAGAAGUUAUAUUCUGGUAUAUCUGAAAGGAUUUAGUUUCCUGCAAAUAAGAAGGAUGGAUAUAUUGUUUCUCUGCAAAUGAAGGGUUAAUUUCUUGUGGGGAAUGAGGAUUUUUGGAUUGAGUCAUGAUAGGAAAUUUUCUUAUGACUUGAAAAGGCUGCCAUAGAUGGACGUUUUAAAAAAUACAUUUACCUUGUGUCAAGGGAACAAUGAUUUACAGUGGGGGAGUUGAAAUAUUCAGUGUUCUUCCUCACCUAUAUAGGAUAUUUUUAAAUUUUUUUUUAUAAAAAGCAAAAAGUUUGAACCCACACAGAAGAUAGAAUGGAGUCCAGAUGGAGAAGGAGCAUUUCAGGGUGGGCUAUAUCAUCAAUGACCUUCUUAUUGGACUUUCUUAAGGGUGUUUUAAUUUUUUUAAAAAAUAAAUGCUUGCAUAUGAACUUGUGAGGGAAGGGAAUGUAUAUGAGAUGGGUAUGAAUGGUAGUUUAAAACCUUAUCUCUGGGAUAGGAGCUACUAUGCUCCAACUCAAGCCAUCUUGGAGAAUUUGCUUCCAAAGGAGAGCUAUGUAACUUGUACAUGUGUAGAGCCUAAAAUUCCUGAUUUCCUGCUAAGAAAAUGCAACCUAGAAGGCAGGCACUCUUGGAUUAACAUCUGGACUUGUUUGGAGAAGGUAGAAGGCAACAAUAUUUCCUCUUGAUUCUAAAGUCCAUAAAGGCCUUGACCACAAGUGUCUAGGAGCUGUGUGUUAUUUCCACUUUCCUUGCUUGCUGAUCUGAAUUGCCUCUCUCACAUUUUGUGUUCUGGUCAGACUGAGGAACUGAAUUGCAUUAAGUCUUGUAAGCAGAGGGUUUUCACAGAUAUAAGAGGGAGGAACUGCCCUUAGCUCUCCUAAACUGUGACUUUGGAGAACUGAUUCUGUGAAUUAGCCAAAUAUCCUUUGUGACAGUCAGUCUCCUGUGUGUAGUAAUUCUUUCUAGGUUGACUGACUGCUUUUGCCUAAAAUGCAAAUUACUCUAGCUCAGUUUAAAACUGUUGUGGAUUAUCUUCUUUAGUGUCACUGCAGGCUUUUCCUCCAGAGAGGUGGAUGGGAGGCAAGACAGUAAAGACAAAAGUGCUGGAUAACUGGUUAAAAGGUUAUAUUGGCAUUUGCCAUUAAGCACCAAUUAUUUUUUCAAGCCUUUUUGUGCACCACUUGCAUUGCAACAAGUCCUGAAGAGCAGGUGGCCACAAGCUGUUUCUUCAUAGACCUUUCUUCAAGAAGUAAAACUUUAUUUAAAAAAGCAACACGGGGUGGGGAAAUCACCAACUUUUAAAAAUCAUUUUCUCUUUAUAAUUAUACAAAAGACCCAGUGGUGGUUGUUAUUAUUGUUGUUGUUGUUUUAAAAAAAAUUUUUUUACAGGAUGUCCUAUUCGGACAUUGCCAUUUGCCUCCUUGAAUAAAAGAAACAGCACUUAAAAAUAGGAAGGGCAAGUCUUUUCCACAUCUCAGGCAAGAGCCUUACAACUCAGAGCCUGACUCUUCUUAGUCCUUACUGAGGUAUUUGUUUACAAUGAGAACUCUCUGACAAUGGACUGUUUCUCCCCAAAAAUAAAUGUAUUUAACUUUUUUAAAAAAAGAUAUUUUAUCUGACAGGUGACAUGUUCAGAAAUAGGCUAAGUCAGGGAGGACUGUUUUUCAUCCUUUCCUUGUCUGAGCUGUCUCUGAAAGUAACACCUGACUACUCUGCACAGAGAUGUAGGUGGAUUUCAGAGAGGCAAUUACUCAAGAGGAUAUUGGCUGUGUUCUUUAGUUAUGUCAUCCGUCCUAUAGGAAACAAAGUAGAGAUGGCACCUUAUGGAUACCUGUAUCUUUCUCAGUUGUAAAAUGGUGGCAUUGAUUAAAAAUAAAUAAAUAAAUAAAUGGAAAUGGAAAUCUGGAAAGGCUAUGAUGUGUUAUCUUACUCAGUGAGAGGGAGAAAAACAACAACAUUGCUUUUUAAAAGGGUUGCCUCAUUAGCAGUAAAUCUGUUUACAAUGCUUAGUAAAAGAGGGUGGGCUGUGAUGCAUCUUGGCUGCUGAGAUGAUCCUUUGUGUCAUUUGGCUGUGAUUUUUCCAUAAUCUAGUCUCAGUGUGGGGAACACAUAUAUGAACUAAAAUGAACAUGAAUUAUCAAUUUCCUCUUUCUUGUGAGAAUUAAGGGUUCCAUGAGGCUCCUUCUCUAGACCAAGUUAUAGAAUACAGGAAUAUUGUAGUUCCUGGCCCCACUGUGGUUCUCAUUGUUGCAGCAUGUUUGCAUGUCUGUUCACUUGUUUUUGUGGGACCUGUACUACUACGCAACUACCACCAGCAGCAUAUAUGUCAAAACAAGAGAAGUCUUCAGUCCUGAAGUGGCAAUUCUCUAAAGUGAAGUGCAGAAGAUUAAAAGGAAGCCUUUAGCAGGGAUCCCAGUUCUGAAUAUAAGGAAUCACUUGAUGAAUCACUCAAAAUUUUGUCAGAGUUUCAGGUCACAGCAGGACAUUGGUGACCAAAAUUAGGCUCUGGCCCUACUAAAGUUUCUUUGAUCAGAUCAACAUGGUCCUGCUUUGUUUUUGUUUUCAUGUCUGCUCACAAGGAGGUUUGCAGAUAAUUGUGGGAAGAAGAGAUUAUUGGAUGUAAGAACUUCAAAAAUGGAUUGGUCUUUUUAUGCUUCAUUGUGCUUUUAUUUCAGGACUCCUGAUGUCAAACUUUUAGCUCAGUUAUAUGUUUGAGGUCUAAAUCUUUUCUUUGUAGGCCUUCACACCAACCUGAAAUGUGGUCCUCUCAGCUGUUUUAUUAGCAGUGUGUGUGCAUGCAUUCAGUAUUUGGGACAAGAAGCAGCUAUCGGAACUGAAUAUGGACAAAAAGAAUGGUUCCCAAUUGCCAAAAGGGUCAGGCAAGACUGCAUACUAUAAUCCUAUCUAUUAAACCUGUAUGCAGAAAAUAUCAUACGCAGAGCAUUUUAGACUCAGAGGCAGGAGGAGUCAAGAUUAGGAGGAAGAAACAUUAACUACUUUAGAUAUGUAGAUGACACAAUACUACUAGCAGAAACUAACAAAAGACCUGGAGUAACUACUGAAGAAGGUCAAGGAGGAAAGUGCCAAGGUUCAAUUAAUGCUGAACAUUAAAGAAACUAAAGUGACCAUGGAAGAGCUACAAGAAUUCAUCCUAGAUAAGGAGAGAACUGAAAUAGUCAAGCAAUUCUCAUAUAUUAGAUGACAUUGAUCAAAAUGGAGACUAUAGUCAAGAAAUUAGAAGAAUAGGAAUGGGAAGGACUGCUGUGAAGGAACGGGAUAGGAUGGUAAGGUGUAAGGAUAUAACUGAAUACUAAAGUGAGAAUAGUCCAAGCCAUUGUACUAUAUAUCACCAUGUAUGGAUGUGAGAAUUGGACAGUCAAGAAAGCUGAUAAAAUCAACUCAUUUGAGUUGCUGGAGAAGAGUGCUGAGAAUACCAUGGAGGGCCAAGAAGACAAACAAAUGGAUUUUAGAACAGAUUAAGCAUGCACUGUGUCUGAAAACCAGGAUAACUACUGUAUAUACUCAUAUAUAAGUCUAGAAAUUUAGAUUAAAAAUUGACCCCAAAAACCAGAGUCGACAUCCAUGGGUCAAUGUAAGUACUGUAUUUUAACACACACAUACAGUAUAUGGUGAAAAGCAAGGGUUUGAUCUGCUCUGGAAGCACUGACUCCCUGCUACUCUUUCAGCUGUCCAGCCUUUAGUAUUUGCACAAAUAGUUAUGCCUGCUGGGAUUUUGUAAGUUCUUUGCCAUUA